GUGCUCUUGCCAGAGGCGGUGCCAGAGCCCAGAGGGGCUCAGAGUUGCGGAAGUUUUAUGAGAAGGGUCAAGCGGCCGGUGGAGAGCAGUGUUGUUUCGCGAUUUCCGCUACGGAGGUCGUCGUUUGAGGUCUGAAAGACGUCAGUCUUCUUAGGUUUGCGACAGCAACACGGGAGCGAUUCGAGGUUGCUGCUGUUGGCGCUCCUCGCCCCUCGUUGGUCCCCAGGGAACCGCCUCGGCUUUCCACGAUGGCGUCCACUGGGGGCAACCUCCAGAAAGCAAUAGAUCUUGCUAGCAAAGCAGCACAAGAAGACAAAGCUGGGAAUUAUGAGGAAGCCCUGCAACUCUACCAACAUGCUGUACAGUAUUUUCUUCAUGUAAUUAAAUAUGAAGCACAGGGUGAUAAAGCCAAGCAAAGUAUCAGGGUAAAGUGUACAGAAUAUCUUGAUAGAGCAGAAAAACUAAAGGAAUAUUUGAAAAAAAAAGAGAAAACUGCACAGAAGCCAGUGAAAGAGGGACAGUCAAGUCCAGGUGAUGAGAAGGGGAAUGACAGUGAUGGGGAAGGAGAAUCUGAUGAUCCUGAAAAAAAGAAACUACAGAAUCAACUUCAAGGUGCCAUUGUUAUUGAGCGACCAAACGUAAAAUGGAGUGAUGUUGCUGGUCUCGAAGGAGCCAAAGAAGCACUUAAGGAGGCUGUGAUUUUGCCCAUUAAAUUUCCCCAUCUUUUUACAGGCAAGAGGACACCGUGGAGAGGAAUCCUAUUGUUUGGACCACCAGGAACAGGAAAAUCAUAUUUAGCCAAAGCUGUAGCAACAGAAGCAAACAACUCCACAUUUUUUUCAGUAUCUUCCUCUGACCUUGUUUCUAAGUGGCUGGGUGAAAGUGAAAAGCUUGUUAAGAACUUAUUUCAGCUUGCCAGGGAGAAUAAACCUUCCAUUAUCUUCAUUGAUGAAAUUGACUCUCUGUGUGGUUCAAGAAGUGAAAAUGAAAGUGAAGCUGCACGUAGAAUUAAGACAGAGUUUCUUGUGCAAAUGCAAGGGGUUGGUGUGGACAAUGAUGGAAUUUUGGUUCUGGGAGCUACAAACAUACCCUGGGUUCUGGAUUCUGCCAUUAGGCGGAGAUUUGAGAAACGAAUCUACAUUCCUUUGCCUGAACCCCAUGCCCGAGCAGCAAUGUUUAAGUUGCACUUGGGAACCACUCAGAACAGCCUUACAGAAGCAGACUUCCGAGAACUUGGGAAGAAAACUGAUGGCUAUUCAGGAGCAGAUAUAAGUAUCAUUGUUCGUGAUGCACUUAUGCAGCCUGUUAGAAAAGUACAGUCAGCUACUCACUUCAAAAGGGUUUGUGGACCUUCCCGAGAUGACCCCAACAAAAUUGUAGAUGAUCUGCUAACACCGUGCUCUCCGGGAGAUGCUGGUGCCAUUGAAAUGACAUGGAUGGAUGUCCCUGGAGAUAAACUUUUGGAGCCAGUUGUUUCCAUGUCGGAUAUGUUGCGAUCACUAUCUAACACAAAGCCCACAGUCAAUGAACACGACUUACUGAAAUUAAAGAAGUUUACAGAAGAUUUUGGCCAAGAAGGCUAAACCAAAGACAGCAAGGAAGAUAUUUACUAUAUGUAUUCUUUCAUAGACAUUUCUACCUUUCUUGGAUGGCAUUCACAUCAUUUCCAGUAAGCUCUUACCACAGAGAAGAAUACAUCUCUUUCCAGAGUUCCUUUAAGUUUCAUGCUGUACUUUUCCUCUGUCACCUGUUAAAUGCUCCCAAUAACAAAAAUUAUAAAAUAAUGGGUAAUAAGAAAAUGAGCAAUAUGUGAACAGCAUAAAAAUUAGAAAUUACCCAGUAAAAAGUAUUAAAUAUUGACCUACAAAUUCUUAGUUUUUAUGAGUGGUAGUCUUUACAGUUUUUUAUCUUUUAUCUUUUUUUUUUAACUAAAAUGAAAUAGGGCUUUAUAUUUCGAAAAAAAUUUUAAACAUUCUUAAUGUACAGUUUACUUUAUUAAAUUAUAAAUGAUAGAAUCUGUACUCAGGGAUGGGCAAUAAAACAAAGAGCACUGCUGUGAUUGGUUUAGAAAGUAUUUGAAUUGUUUUAUAAUCAGUGCUCUUACUGAUUUUUAACAGUUUUUUGUUUUUUUUUUUUCCUGUGUAGUAAUUUCUUUAAAGGCAACAAACUUUCAUAUUUAACUGAGUAAACCUUCCACUGUGCAUUGUCAAAAGAAAGACUUUCUAUAUUAGGCAUUGUCCUUACCUUGAAGAAAAAAAUUGUCUAUUUCAAUGUUGUUUUGUAAAGAUUGGCCAAAACAGGUGGUACAUAAGUAUGAAUUUUUAAAAUAACUAUCAUGAAAUACUGUAACGGGAACCUUUGCUAAUAAGAACUUGGCGUCCCUUUGGAUUAUGGAAAGUUUCCUAUGUGUCAUGUGGGUUAGUUUUUUAUAUAGGAUAGCAAGGAUCUUUGCUUUCUCCAUUUAAGUUCAGGGAAAUUUACAUAUAUGAUCAUGUAUAUGUUAUAAAUGUAAUACUUUAUGAAGCUUUAGAAAUCAACUGAUGUCUCAUUAAACAAUAAAAUAUAAACAUGGACAUUGUUAUUUUAACUUCUUCAAAUAAAUAAUCUGAGGAUGUAUGACACAUCAGAGCAUCAACACUAAAUUGUGCCUUGUACAUUUGCAUUGGCUGAACAUGCAGAAGAUUAAGUUAUCUAGAAUGAGUGGAGUCCUUACUUACCAUAAAGUUUUACCUUGCAGAUGUAUCCAGUAACACAAAUGGUAUCCAGUAACUCGCAUUUUAAAGUGUAUUUGCACAUUUUACAUUUUAUGCUGUGCGAUUGCCUUUGGAUUUUCUGUACAGAUUGUUUUUGCUGGUAAUAAAUAGAAAUCACAGGCUUGAAAUAUAUGUGAAGUAAAUUGGCAUAACCUACUACUGGCUA